UUUGCAUUAGUGUGUUAAGUAACUGAGAUCAAUCAAUACAAUUCAUAAUACCUCAUACAUACACGCUCUCUUCUCUAUUCUCUCUCUGUCUGAUCUGUUAUCAUUUAUGUAAUUCUACACUUCUAUUUAUUUUUAGCUUUUACUUGUGUAGAGCGCACCUAUAAGCUCAAUUUGGCGCAACAAUGGAACCUAUUUCCGAGCAAAGCCAUGCUUCUCUCUUAUCAAAGCUUCUCCUCUCAAAACUCUCACACAUCAUGUGGUCUUGUACCCUCUUUUUUGUUGCAUCUUCUGAACUGUUUCUAAUCCUCCAAAAACUGGAACCCAAGCUCCAUUUUCUGCCUCUAUGUUUUCUACUUAUCUGUUUCCUAUUGAAGUGGCUUCUCUCAAGGCCUUCUCCCGUUUACAUUGUUGACUUCUCAUGCCUUAAACCUCCUAACCAUUGCAGAGUGCCAUUUGCGGCAUUCAUUGAGAACGCUUCACAGUUUAAACUCUUUGAACCAAAAAGCUUAACUUUCAUGGCCAAAGCCCUCCAAGCUUCUGGACAAAGCGAAAAUACUUACCUUCCCUCUCCAUUACACUUCAUCCCUCCAAAAACAGACCAGAACGAAGCCAUUAGAGAGGUUCACAAGCUUCUCUUCCCCAUCAUUGACGACCUCUUCGCAAAAACCAAUGUUUCACCAAUUGACAUAGACAUACUCAUAGUUAACUGCAGCUGCUUUUGUCCCUCUCCUUCUCUGUCCUCCAUUGUCAUCAACAAGUACUCCAUGAGAAGCGACAUCAAGAGCUUCCACAUCUCUGGUUCGGGUUGCAGUGCAAGUGCACUCGGCAUAGACAUGGCUCAGAGACUUCUGAGAGUACACAAGAACUCAACCGCCAUGGUUCUAAGCACAGAGAUUCUGUCAACAGGUUGGUAUACCGGCAACGAGAUACCCAAGUUGAUCCUCAACUGCAUCUUCCGGAUGGGAAGCGCAGCCAUUCUUCUCUCCAACAAGAAUCAGUUAAAGAAAAAUGCAAAAUACAGGGUUCUUAGGACACUAAGAACCCAAAGCGCCUUCCUAGACGACGGUUAUCUUUCUGCUAUAUUGGAAGAAGAUUCCGUCGGAAAACGCGGAUUUAGCGUAAGGAAGAACGUGCUUCACGUGGCUCGAGAAGCCCUUCGCAAAGGGAUUUACGUUCCGAAUUUCAUGAGCGUGAUACAACAUAUUUGCUUGCCUUGUACGGGCAUGAGCGUUAUAAGGGAAACGGGAAAAGCGCUGAGGCUUUCUGAAAGAGAUAUUGAACCUGCAUUGGCCACAAUGCACAGGUUCGGGAACCAGUCUUCUUCGUCGUUGUGGUAUGAACUUGCGUACCUGGAAGCCAAACAAAGGGUUAAAAAAGGUGACACUGUUUGGUUGCUUGGUAUGGGGAGUGGUCCCAAGUGCACUACCGUGCUUCUCAAGUCUGUUACGCUUCUAUCUGGUGAACCCAAGAAUGGUCCAUGGGCAGAUUGUACUCUUCAUUACCGUCCUGGCGAGAAUGUCAAAAUAAUCCACCAUCUCGACGAACAAAUCUGA